UUUCUUUUCUUUCAGUAACCGGGAUGAAUCCUUUGUCUCCAUAUUUAAAUUUGGACCCCAGGUACCUAGUACAGGAUACAGAUGAGUUUAUCCUGCCCACAGGAGCCAACAAAACACGGGGCAGAUUUGAAUUGGCCUUUUUUACCAUUGGAGGAUGUUGUAUGACAGGAGCAGCAUUUGGUGCACUGAAUGGCUUGCGGCUUGGCUUGAAGGAGACACAGAAUAUGGCAUGGUCAAAACCUAGAAAUGUACAAAUUCUAAAUAUGGUGACAAGGCAAGGAGCAUUAUGGGCUAACACACUGGGAUCUCUGGCUCUGCUUUAUAGUGCAUUUGGAGUAGUCAUUGAAAAAACACGAGGUGCAGAAGAUGACCUGAAUACCAUAGCUGCUGGAACUAUGACAGGAAUGCUGUACAAAAGCACCGGUGGAGUGCGUGGGGUAGCACGAGGCGGCAUCGUGGGUCUGACCCUCACAGGCCUCUACGCUCUCUACAACAACUGGGAGCACAUGAGGGGCUCCCUGGCGCGGCAGUCCCUCUGAGCAGGGCCCCGGCGCUGGGCAGAGGACACGCUCCACCGUCACCAAGGCAAUCGGCUGACAUCUGUCUGGUGCCCCUUCCUAUUUUAUUGACAACUCGUGCGAAACUGAAGGAAACUAUCAUGCUGGGAGCAACCUCCUGACACCGCUGGGCUGGACCGGCCCUUUCCUUCCUGCCAGCCGGGAGCUGGAGGCCGCAGUGCGCAUUGGACCUGCAAGCAAGCAGAGCGCCUGGCAGGACGCAGGCUCCCCGAGACCUCCCCAGGCAGCCCAGG